CGUGAAUGAGUUUUGCGUUAGUGUGAGUUGCGUCAGUUUGCAUGCUUUUAAUUUCGCAAGUUUUCCCUCAAAAAUUAAUUUUUCCCACAAAAAUGUCUCAAGAAUCCAGCAAUAGUGGCCUGACUGAUGCCCAGAAGUCUCGAAUUGAUAGAAAUCGUCAGAAGGCGCUCUAUCUCAAGAACUCAAAGCUCGUAGCUCAUCCCUAUGCAAAAUCUGUUGAAGAAGGUGAAAAAAGCGUAAUAAAGAUCCAUGGGAGUCGCUUUGUUGACAGUGGUGGAGGUUUUCUGAUCGAGGAGGAAGUUGGCGAAGGAAAAAACUCCGGGAAUCAACCACAUGGGAAUUCUGAGGAGCAGCACAUUAUAGAUGAAGCUAUUGAUCUUCCCGUUACUUACGAUGAAUGCAUGGAGUGUGCUGAUAAAUUCGCAGAAUCCUACCUUAUGCACCACUUUGACUAUCCCGUGUGUGAUAACUGCCGAGAUAACGAUGAUAAGCAUUCCCUGAUUACCAAAACGGAUGCAAAGAAAGAAUAUCUGCUGCAGGAUUGCGAUCUGGAGAAGCGAGAACCCCCACUGAAGUAUAUUAUUCGUAAGAAUCCCCACAACGUUCGCUGGGGCGAAAUGAAACUCUAUCUGCAUGUCCAGAUUGAGAAGAGAGCACUGGAAGUGUGGGGCAGCGAAGAGAAUCUUCGGGCGCAACAUGAGCUACGAGAUGAAAAGCGAGAAAAGAGUAAAAUCAAGAAGUACAACAAACAAAUGAAGCAACUGAGGAUGGACAUGAGAAGUAGUCUCUACGAUAGAACCUCCGAAGCAGCUCAUAUUCACAAAUUCGGUCCGGAUAGCUAUAAUGAAUCUGAUGAUACGUACACUCAUACCUGUCUCACCUGCAAAUACACGGAAACCUUUGAAAAAAUGUAAAAAAAUCUUUUCGAGUCUUGUGAUUUUUUUGUACAAUUCUUUUUCAUUUAAAAUUGUCAGAAUAAAAUUCUCAAUUAUAAUCUUAAAAAGACAA